AAAGCAUGCUGGUCAGAAGCAAGACAUGAAACAUGGCGGAUGGAGAUGAGCCGGAGAAGAAAAGAAGCAGAGUAGAGGAGCUGACUAUGAACAUGAUAGUGAAUGGGGGCGAAGGAGACCAAUGUGACUGGGGUGGUCGAUGGGACCAUGUUAAGAAAUUCUUGGAGAGACCAGGACCCUUCACACAUCCCGACUUUGAGCCCAGCACAGAGUCUCUUCAGUUUCUAUUGGACACAUGUAAAAUUCUUGUCAUCGGAGCAGGCGGACUUGGAUGUGAACUUCUGAAAGACUUGGCGUUGUCUGGAUUUAGACACAUACAUGUAGUAGACAUGGACACCAUCGAUGUGUCCAACCUCAACCGUCAGUUCCUUUUUCGACCCAAAGACGUAGGACGACCUAAGGCAGAUGUAGCUGCAGAUUUCAUCAACAGUCGUGUCCCUGGAUGUUGUGUUGUACCACAUUUUCAAAAGAUUCAGGACUUUGAUGAAACAUUUUAUCGGCAAUUUCACAUCAUUGUCUGUGGCCUGGACUCCAUCAUUGCCAGAAGAUGGAUGAACGGAAUGCUGAUGUCACUUCUGGUGUAUGAGGACGGUGUGUUGGACCCGAGCUCCAUCAUCCCUCUCAUCGAUGGUGGCACGGAGGGCUUCAAGGGGAAUGCCAGGGUCAUCCUGCCUGGUAUGACCGCCUGCAUCGACUGCACUCUGGAGCUCUAUCCCCCACAGGUAAACUUCCCCAUGUGCACAAUAGCCUCCAUGCCCAGGCUGCCAGAACAUUGUGUGGAAUACGUCCGUGUUCUUCUGUGGCCCAAAGAGAAACCCUUUGGAGACAACGUCACCUUGGACGGAGAUGACCCUGCACAUAUCCAGUGGGUGUUUGAGAAGUCCCAAGAAAGGGCAGCAGAGUACAGCAUCACAGGAGUGACCUAUAGACUCACUCAAGGUGUGGUGAAGAGGAUCAUUCCUGCAGUGGCCUCAACAAAUGCUGUUAUUGCAGCUUCGUGUGCAGCAGAAGUGUUCAAAAUUGCCUCAAGUGCCUGCAUUCCUCUGAAUAACUAUUUGGUCUUCAAUGAUGUUGAUGGGCUCUACACAUAUACCUUUGAGGCAGAGCGGAAGGAUAACUGCUCUGCCUGCAGUCAGAUUCCUCAAGACCUGCAGUUCCCCUCCUCUGCUAAACUGCAGGAGGUGCUCGACUUUCUGACUGAGAGUGCCUCACUACAAAUGAAGUCUCCCGCUAUCACAGCAACACUCGAGGGCAAAAACAAGACACUUUACUUACAGACCGUUGCUUCUAUUGAGGAGAGAACACGUCCUAACCUCAGCAAAACUCUAAAAGAGCUUGGACUAUCAGACGGACAGGAACUGGCGGUGGCGGAUGUGACUACACCACAGACUGUGCUCUUCAAACUUCAUCUCACCUCAUAAGACAUCCCUGACGUCACUCCAUUGUGGAUCUGACAUUUUUGUAGCAUAUGGUCUCUCUCAAAGUUCUCUACUCUUGGACCAUAAGACACACAAGAACGUGAAAUACUGAACACGUACAGGUAAAUGUUGCGCUUCAGCAGCAUUGUAAAAAAAAUAGAAGUAGAGACAAGAAUUAGGCUAUUUACAGAUGUAAUUACAACACUAGUGGUAUUAUAUUACUUGGUUUCAACUGUUAUAUCAUACUACUAGUGUUGUAAUUGAAUCUUAGAUCUCAAGAGUACUUCUACUUUAUACAAUGCUACGAUGCGCAAUUAUGUGUCAGUUCUUCUUUGUGUUUGAAUGCAACUGUCAUGGUUUGCUGUGGAUUUUGCCACAUCACCAGUGGAAGAAAGUAAGCCACAUUGAAACGGCUACCUGUAAAAAAAAGACUGUGAUGUUUUAAAUGAAUGCACUGCAACCGCUCUGCUGGUACCAUCUGUGCUGGGGUGGCACAGUAGAAUUUAUUAGUCAGUUUCAGCUUUGUGUACAUUUUUCAUUUAUUGUGCUGUAUCUGCUAUAGUGUGUGGCAUUCUUUGUAGUUAAAGGCAUUGUGGCGUUGGCCAUGGGGAAAAAGGGAAAAGCAUUUGUAGGAAAAAUAAAAAACCCUUAUUUUUUAAA